AUGCGGCUAUCAGCAUUGUUGAAACCUGUCGGUUCGAUCUUCAAGCAUACAUGCCGUCGAUAUCUUAAUGCAGCUGUUCAACCAGGAUUAGCCUUGAAUACUGAUCCUGUUCUUCCAAUCAUUGAUUUCUCUUCGUUUGCAAAUCAAAAUGAAACAAAUGAUUUCUAUCCUCGUGAUGUUAUCGAGAAAUUAGCGAAUGCUUGUGAACACGUUGGAUUCUUCUAUGCCAUUGGUCAUGGAGUGCCGAAUGAACUGCUUCUUCGAACAUUGUCCAUCACACGUCAAUUAUUUGAUCUUGAUGAUACUAUCAAGAAUCAAUAUGCUAGUCGUUUAUUUACUGAUCCAUCGAAAAUAGGUCAUACACGAGGUGGAUUCGGCCGCGGUUACCAAAGUCUUGGUGAAAAUGUCACCAACACAAAACGAGAUCGACAUGAAGGUUUUGAUAUCUAUCGUGAAUUAGAACGUGAUCAUCCGCUUCGUCUACAAUACGAUAACACAAAUGUGAUUAAUCAAACUUUACCUGAUUAUAGGGAAUUAGCUAUUGGCUGGAAUCCAUGGCCGAAAGAAUUACCGUUAUUCAAAGAAACAAUAGCAGAAUAUACGACAGCUAUGUUACAAGCAGGUGAACGUGUCAUGCGUGGUAUUGCCCUUUCGUUAGGCUUACCAGUAGAUUUUUUUCAGUCAACAUUUAACGAUUCUUUUUGGGUUAUCCGUUGCAUACGUUAUCCUUCUGUUGAUGCAAGCGAGAGUAAAUCGCCGGAAUAUGGUCACGGUUGUGGUGAGCAUUCGGAUUAUGGUUGGUUAACAUUUGUCAAUCAAGAUCUUGACUCGCGAAACUGUCUUCAUGUUCGAACCAAUGAUACAUCAAACGCAACAUAUGUCUCAGCUGAUCCUAUUGUUGUCGAAGAACAGAUUGCAUUAACAUGCAAUAUUGGCGACAUAAUUUCAUUCAUAACCAAAAACAAAUACCGUUCUACGCGUCAUUGUGUCGUCAGUCCCGCUAAACCUGCUCGAUCGCGUGUGUCUACGCCCUUCUUUUUCGAGCCAAACCUUGAUGUUAAAUUACAGAUCAAUGAGAAUGCUUCUCAAUGUUACUAUGGCGAAUAUUUAAUCAACAAAGUUCGAACGAACUUCAAUUAUUACAACGAUGAAGCCAAAUAA